AUGAACGGUACUCCAAUGGAGGUUGCCGUGGCUCUGGGUUUACUCGUCUCUGAGUUGUCUCAAGAUCCAUGGAGAGGAAAGCUUAUAACUUUCAGCGAAAACCCACAACUUCAAUUGGUGGAAGGAGACGAUCUUAGAACCAAAAAAGAGUUCGUGAGGAAGAUGGAGUGGGGAGCGAACACUGAUUUUCAGAAAUUGUCUGAUCUGAUUCUGAAAAUUGCGGUGGAAGGGAAACUGAAACCGGAAGAGAUGGUCAAGAGGGUUUUCGUGUUCAGCGACAUGGAGUUUGAUGAAGCGUCGGGUUCUCAUUAUUAUCAGGACUAUCGACAUAGAUACUAUUCUGGGUCGGAUUCUGGGUCUGAGGCGGAGAAUGGUGGAUGGGAAACGGAUUAUGAAGCGAUCGUGAGGAAGUACAAAGAGAAAGGGUACGGUGAAGCUGUGCCGGAGAUAGUAUUUUGGAAUCUGAGGGCUUCUAAGUCAACGCCGGUGACGGCAAAUCAGAAAGGUGUUGCUUUGGUGAGUGGGUUUUCGAAGAAUCUGAUCAAAAUGUUUUUGGAUAAUGACGGAGAGAUUGAUCCGAUGAUGAUCAUGGAGGCUGUAAUCUCCGGUGAAGAGUACAAGCAGCUUGUUGUCAUCGAUUGA